GCCCCCUCGCGGCCCCGCUGCGCCACAACAACACCAUUGCGACGCCUUCACCUGCGGGGGAAGGAGGAUUUUACCGGCCUCCUCCACACAAACUAAUACAUGCAUGCCGUAACUUUUCAAGAUGGAUGGUGCAAGUGGAGGUGGCAGUGAGUCUCGAGGAGGAGGAGGAGGAUGGACUGGUGGCGGAGGGUAUGAUGCAACAAACCAGAUCAAGCAGUUGUUGAGAAUCCCGACAGAGGAUCCAGGCAGAUCUAAUGAAAGAAACCCACAAGCUUUAUUGCAUAAUAACUCAAACCAAAAACAGGUACAGCCACACACCUUUGAGAAAACAGGAAACAUGUCAAGCAAGCAAUACUCCUGGGAAGCGAACAGGUAUCAUGAUGGUAGACGAAGGGUUGACAGUCCCGGUGGAAGCAAUCCUAGACAUGUGAAUCAAAGUUCACCUUUCAAAGGUUUUAAUAACAGACAUUUGGAUAAUUAUGCCAGUCCAAACAGAAAUGCUCAUAAACAAAGUAACUAUGACUCUGGGCAUGGUGGUAACCUUCGCAACCCACACUACUACCAACCUCACCACCACCAUGGUCCCAGUGGCCCUCUCAGGGAUAGCAAGGACCCAAGAGUGAAUGGCCCAAGACAUGUCAACAGCCUCCACAAUCCUCCAAUCCCUGUUGGGACUGAAAUAGAGAGUCCAGAAUUUCGUCCAAGUCCUGAGGUUUUAGCAGAGCUUGAAGAGCAGUUUUUGUAUCCUUUGAAGAAGAAAUCUUUGCGGUUUCCAAAGGCCAAAUAUUUCUGCCGUCUCUGUGAUUACCACUGUGAUUCUCUGGUAGUGUGUAAAAGACACAUAACCGACACUAGACACAGAAGACUUAAGGAGGCCAAAGAUUUGGAGACCACGUUAAAAAAUCUUCCUCCUGCCACGGACGCAUGCCUCUGCCGUCGAUAAGCUUAUUACAUCUGUCAGCGAACAAAUGAAAGCAACACCAGAAACAAUCACCACUCGGAGGGAACUUGUGUCGCAGCUCAAUGACCUCCUUGCCACCAAAGUGAAAGGAUGCAGGCUGGAGAUGGUUGGAUCUUCAAUAUGCGGAUUCUGCCUAAAAACAAGUGAUGUCAAUAUUGACAUUAUUAUGGAUGACAAUCAGAGUCCUUCAGCGGCCCUUUUAGGAGUGAGAGACUUGGUUGCAGAUAAUGACACAUACAUAAAUGUUGUAGACGACCUCUCAUCAUCAUUCCCCACCAUGUCGUUCACUCACUCAAAGACCAAUGAGCGCAUGGUAGUGGGAGCCAGCAGUGCAUCUUCAAAGUACACCAACCAACUGCUUCAAGAAUACACCUCCUUAGAUCAUCGUGUGCCCGUCCUUGGAAUAACAUUCAGGUACUGGGCCAAGCUUUGCCAGAUAGAUGACCAGUCAAGAGGAACUCUUCCUCCCCAUGCCUUCCCCUUGAUGCUGAUACACUUCCUGCAGCAACAUCAACCUCCUGUGCUGCCUGUGCUGCAUACGUUGCAUCCUAACCCAGACGGAGAUGUGUAUCUAAGAGCAGCUGACAUCGGUGAUAAAUGGAAGAGCAAGAACACUGAGAGUGUUGGUAAACUCUGGCUGGAAUUGUUUAAAUUUUACACAAUGGGCUUCAAAAUGACAGAACUGGUGAUCAAUAUCCGCUGCUUAAAACCCAUGAAUAAAACAGACAAAGCCUGGAGUAAAAAGAUUGCUAUUGAAGAUCCCUUUGUUCAGAAAAGAAAUUUAACAAGGACAGUCAGUGGUAAUCCAGUGUUUGAAUAUAUACUUGAUCGAUUCAGGACUUCAUACAAAUAUUUUGCCAUUCCCCAACUCUGCUAUGGACCUCUUUUUCUUCACAUCAUUUUCAAGGAAGUGAAAAGUUGGAUCAAGACAUCAGAAAAUACUUGCCAGAAAAAUAGAAAAGGUGAAAUUCUGCUGGAGUCCAUUGAGAAGGCAGGACAGUCUCAGAGUGAGGGGUCUUCAGAGUGUGAAAUGGAGAGGACAGAAGAUGAGGUUGAUGUGGCUGUGGAGGGAGAGGCCGAGGAAGAUGACGACACCACCAUGUCAGGCUUUGAAGCAGACCUGAGCACAAUAUCUCCAGAGGACAUGCAAGAAGAGCCCAAUGACUCAACAAGCCCCAACGCCUUGAGCUCUCAAGAAGAAGGAAGUGAAAACAUUCUAGAAGAUUUGACAGCAACAUUAUACUUUGUGACGCCAAGUCAAGCAGCCAGACUGAUGCAGCAGGUCAAGGAGGAAGACCUUCUCUUCAGAUUUGAAGAAAGGUUCCUCACCUUGGGACUGAAGCCGCCACUCAUCUGUGGUUCUUGUCAGAAGGACGGCCACUGCAAAGCUGAUUGCCGUGAGGAUGAAUUGCCGCCCCUGAAGAGGCUGCCACCUGUCAACAAUCAUUUUCUGAAUCUGCUCACUGCUAUUUUUGAGCAGCUAACUAAAAACUGAGUGGAAAGACUACGGGAAGAAUACCGACCCCGUUGGCCAGCUGUGGGUGAACAUGCUGCGCUACUACACAGAAACCUUCAACUGGAAGGAGCACGUUGUCACCAUUCGCCAGCUGGCACCCUUGACUCGCCUCCACAAGCUCUGGAACUCUCGUUGUAUUGCCAUUGAAGAUCCUUUUGAUCUUAGCCACAAUUUGGGAGCUGGUCUGUCAAGAAAAAUGAACACUUUCAUCAUGAAAGCUUUCAUUCGUGGAAGAGAAGUGUUUGGCACGGCUAUAAUGGGCUGCCCCCCGGGCUACAGACAUCUGGUGGAAGUCUGUGAUCCUCCAAGAGACUCGGGACGUUCCAGGAGCCCACAUGCAGGGAUGCAGGAGUCCUGAGAGUACAUAUCCUCCAGCUACCCACAGAAGGAAGCAUGAACAGGAAGAAGAGAAAAAGAGAAGAAAAGAGUUCCGGGGAGGUUGAGGAUGCUGCACUCCAUCCAGAUAGACCUGUCCCUACCCUGUAUCAUAUGCCAGAUGAGAUUUUAUUUAUUUAUUUAUUUAUUUAUUUUUUAAUUUUUUUAUAGAUGCAGUCAAGUCUUUUAUCCAAGACAACCAAAAUAUUUGAAUAACUAAGUUUUACGAAAACUUUUUCAUUUCGUUUAACCAAAGAAAUCAGAAAUUUAUCUGAAAUCUGAACCUCGUGCCACUAGCGUUUGUUUAUGGAUGUUCCACCAGAGGGCGCGGAAGUCACCACCAGCUCCCCGCCCUCCCCGCUCAUCUUUAAGGUAACCCAGUUGGUGGAAGUACUAAAAUUUGUGCUCGCUCUGAAACAGAAAAUAGAAAUAUGAAAGAAGAUAGUAGUGGUGUAAGCAGAACUGUGUUGAUGAAGCAUUACAAUGUCGGGUCUACCUCACGGUAUGACAUUAAAAAACAGAAAGACAAACUUUCAAACGUGCCAAGGGACGUGCAGUGACCGGCCCACUCAUCAUAGAAAAUGCUAAGCAUUUAUACGAACUCAUGGAACUGAAAGAGCCAUGUGAAUUCUAUAUUGGGUUCACUCAAAAAGCUUAAAAAGAGACAUGGCAUCAGGAAACUAGAUGUGUGUGGUGAUAAAAACUCGGCCGACACGGACGCUGCAGACAAAUUUGUCAACAAAUUUUGUCACCUUGUUUACUUAGGCCGGGUUCCCACUAUUCCAUUUCUCGUUUCCGUCGAUUAUCAAUGACAUCAUCAACGGAACCCGGACCCCACGUGGAGCCCCGUCCAGAGAUGAACUCAAGUUAACUUUUGGGUCCGGUGGUGGUGCCAGUCCAGUGAUGUUGAAUAUUCUACAUAUGAAAAUAUGACAUGGAAGUACUUAGAUACAAAAUAACAUGUACAAGAGGUCGUUGUGGUCAGUGCAGUCCAUGUUUGUCAACAAAUGGCGUGCGAUGGACUGAUGGAGUGCAUCUCAUCCAUGCCGCGCAGCCGCUGUUUUGGUGACGUCGUUUUGACAUCAUUAAUGUCGAUGGAAAUGUGAAAACAGAAUAGUGGGAACCCGGCCUUAAUCUGUUUUCCCUUGUAUUUCUUAGACUAUCAUUCAUCCGAAAAAUUUGAUUUUAUGGCACUUUUAAAGUCCCAUGAUUUUCGGUUAAAAGAGACAACUAUUUACUACAAAUAUUUUUCUCCCUUGGUGACCUUAACUUUGCAGCUGAACCAUUUAAAUGGGUCUCUAAAUAGUUCUUUAAACCUAGAAGGCUAAAAUUCCCCAUAAAAUGUUUUUACUGGUGCUGACGAUGUCGUAAGGCUGUGGUUCUCAACCUCUUGUGCCCAAUACACCCUCUUUACCAUAUGUCUGAAUGUUAUUCUCCCUUUCCAUGAUUGACUCACAAGCAUGAGUCACACCAAGGGGGGGGCAGCAGUGUCACCUCACCACAGGGCUGGGGCCGGGUACUUGUUGCAUUUCAGGAACUUGUGGUACACGGUCCGAUAGGCUGCUUGCAUCAGGUGAGCGAUGCACACUGUGCCUUGUACCUCCCUGGGAAGCUUGAAGGCAAUAAAAAGAUCUUUAUGCUAAAUGUUUGGGUCUGCUAAUCUGUGAUCCAUAUUCCCCGCCUUCAGUCAAUCAAUGGGGACGUACGCCAGGGGGCACACACCCUCGCCCGCCCUGCAGCGCCAAAGCCAGGGCUCCUUUGGGCAAGUCUCCUGGCAGCCUCCUUCCCAUCCCCCCUGACACCAUCACAUUACCCCCUGGCCAAGUGCCCAUGUCAUAAGCAGAUUUUUGUUUUCAUUUUUCAUAUUUUUUUGAUUUUUCUACCAGUGCAGUCCUUUUAAUGGGUAUCCAGGGAGCAUUAAGGCUAUGGAGAAAGGAAAUGGGUAUCUUAAUCCAUAUACCUUUGGCAAUGCACCUAGAUAAUGCUGUUCACCUAUCCUUACCUGUGAGAGCAUGGGACCCCACCUCUACCCUCAUCUUUACUGUAUUGCCAUUAACCCGGUAGCAGCAAUGGGCCAAAUUUGUGGCUUUACCGUGUAGCAGCGACGGGCCAAAUUUGUGCCUUGAUUUAAACCCCCCAAAAAAGAUGAUACAUAAACUGAUCACAAAUGCUUCAAUAUAUAUUAUGAAAUGGUUUGUGUGAGUGAUGAUUUUUUCUCAUUUUUCUUGCUUAAAGGGACCAUUAAGAAACAUGAUCCCCACUGCUACCAGGUUAAGUACUUUUACAAUUUAUUAAGACAAAUAAAAUAAUUUUGUGCUCAUUUACCUUUU